CCGUGAUCUUGAAUAAUGACAAGGGCCCUCGUGUAGAUCGUAAAGUCUCUAUUGCUUCACCGAGCCACCCAGAACUAGAAAGAUGACGGAAGGUAGCCAUACAGAUAAUGGACAAUUAAGUCACAAUGGGCUAAAAGAUGCCAAUGCUCCACUCUCUCUAAUAACUGAGCCCAUGAAGUUUGGCCAUGAAGGGUCAAAGGAUUCCACCGCUCCCUUUUCCUUAAUUACGGAGCCAAACAUGAAGUCGACAACAGAGCUAAAAGAGAAGGAGAUGCUACAGCGGGGGAACUGGGGAGGGAAGCUGGAGUUCAUCCUGACCUGUGUGGGGUACGCUGUCGGCCUCGGUAACGUGUGGAGAUUUCCGUACCUAGCAUUCAAAAACGGAGGCGGUGCAUUUUUGAUUCCGUAUUGGAUAAUCCAGCUGUUUGUGGGAAUGCCUUUGUUUUUCAUGGAACUUUGUUUUGGUCAGUUUGCUAGCCUUGGGCCUUUGUCUAUUUGGAAAAUAUGUCCAGCUCUUAAAGGAAUUGGAAUUGCUUCUGUGCUGGUCUCCGCAUUCAUUGGCCUAUACUACAACGUCAUUAUCGGCUACUGUUUCUUCUACUUUUUCGCUUCGAUGUCGGACCCUCUGCCCUGGGCAGAAGAACUACGAACCAACGGCACCAACGUUACACAAGGAUCCUUGAACUUGACUAUGGUCAAUAGUACGAUGUCAAAGAGUGAACGAUAUUUCUAUGAGACGCUGUUGGGGAUGUCGGAAGGACUGGAGGUACUGGGUAAUGUCCGCUGGGAGCUGGCUCUUUGUCUUCUGCUAGCGUGGUUUGUCGUCAUGGCAGUGCUGUCCAAAGGAAUUAAGUCACUUGGAAAGGUUGUCUACUUUACGGCGACCUUUCCGUACUUGCUGUUGACCGCUUUGUUGGUUCGAGGGGCAACGUUGGACGGGGCUUCGGACGGGAUCUACUAUUACCUAACCCCACAGUGGGAGAGACUCGCCGAUUCCAAUGUUUGGAGCGAUGCUGCCACACAAGUUUUCUUUUCUCUCAGCGCAUGCUCGGGAGGGCUUGUUCUGAUGGCCAGCUUUAAUAAGUUCGACAACUUUUGUCUACGGGAUGCCCUUAUUGUACCCUUGAUUGACUGUUUGACCAGUUUCUUCUCUGGUUUCGUUAUUUUCACUGUGUUGGGAGCAAUGGCUAAAGCUAAAGGAGUGGAGGUCGCUGAUGUCGCCCAAGGAGGAACUGGUCUAGCCUUUAUUGUCUAUCCAGAAGCUAUUUCUCAGAUGCCAGCACCAACCGUUUGGGCAAUUUUGUUUUUCUUCAUGAUGCUCAUUAUCGGUUUCAGUUCUGAGUUUUCUAUCAUGGAAACGGUGAUUUGUUCCCUCAUCGACGAGUUUCCACAUAUCCUGAGAAAGAACUGGAAAAACUCGACGCUGUUCCGUCUAGCGAUCUGCCUCACAUUCUACUGUCUAGCUCUUCCGAUGACCACCAAUGGGGGAAUAUAUGUACUAGAACUGCUGGAUUCCUCCGUUAGUGGUUUUCCGUUACUUUUUGUUGGACUAUUUGAGUGCAUAGCAUUGUGUUAUGUAUACGGCUAUAACAGGUUUGCUUCGGACAUAGAAAUGAUGUUGGGAAGAAAACCCUGGAUUUACUGGCAAGCUUGCUGGUGCUGUAUCACCCCUGGUAUAUUGUUGGCUGUCAUAGUGUUUAAGGCUUACCAAUAUACCCCACUGAAGUUCAACGACUACGAAUACCCCGACUGGGGAGUGGCGCUUUGGUGGAUAGUAUGUCUCAUCCCAAUUCUCGCCAUUCCUGCCUGGGUCACGUAUCGACGUCAUGCCGUAGGAGGGCAGGGUUUCCGGGGUGAGUUUCUUCCCCGUCCCGAGUGGGGUCCCGCGUCACCAGAAAACAGAAAAGGUCGGUACGCUCCGCAAGUACCCACGGAACAAAAUGGGGUGAAGUUCUACGACAACGCGGCCUACGAGUAUCCCGAUAAAUUUACAAUAGCUAGUGGCUUACGACACACUCUUCCGGAGUCCUUGCCUGGUUAUGUCAACCAGGGAUUUCAAACAGACCAAGGGAGAGCAUUUUCCGAAAGCACUAAGCUUUGAUGAACUACAAAAUACAAAUUGUUUAAUAUAUGUAUGUUGGGGGCAAGUAUAUUUCAUGUAUUUUUAAAUUGUGAUAUCGUUUUCUGGAUUGUACAUGUUUCCGGGAACACGGAAUCUAGGACUUUCUUUAAAAAAAUAAAGUAUAUAAACAUUUGAAAUUUGAUAUUUUGAUAAAAAUGUAACCACGAAACGACAAAAUACACUUGUGGACAAGGUUGUGUGUCAUGUACAUGUAUCAAUGUAUAAUAUAUGUAAAUUUUA